AUGUCAGCUGGAGAGCCAGCCAGUGGAGUUACACAAAGCGAGGGUGGGGCAAAACCUGAGAAUGAAGCUGAAGUAAUUAUGGAAGACCCUUAUCGCAGAAUCCAACAUUUGGAGCGAAGCUUAGCAUUUCUGAAGCAGCAGCACUGUGAAUUUUUGCAUUGUCUACACGAAGAGAUUGAUCAACUGAAAAGAGAAAACAAAGAUCUGAAUUUUAAGAUUGUGAUGGCACAACAGAAAAGUGAGGCAAAUUCUCCUUCACGGAAAGAGGAGGACAGCAAUGGGGAAGAAAGCACAGUGCAUGCAGAUGAAGAAGAAGCCAUUGCAAGUGACAUUGUGUCUGGAAGGCCAGGCACUGAGCGGACAAGCUCUGGCCGUCUGGAUCAAGAAGAUCUCAUUAUGCCAGACUCUAAACUUGAGAAAGAACUUUCAACUCUAUCACUGAAGUCAAAAAGCAUCACGAAUGCAUCAACAAAAACACCUUCUCAAGAUGACAAACUCGAGGAACUCCGGAUCAUUUUCUUGGAAGAAGAGGUGCGUAAAUUAAGACAUGCCUACCAGGAGUUGCGCAAACGGAAUGCUUACCUGAGUCAACUUUUGGAGCAGUCAGAAAGCCGCAGGCGGCGACAGUGA